GCUGUCUGGGGUCGGAGGCCUGUGGCUGCAAGAGAGCCAGGCCGGCCGUGGCCCCUCGUCUUUCCCUCGAGGCCCCGCGAGGUCGGGAAGGGCGCGCGCCGGCCCCCCGAGGGCUGCCCACCUGUCGCGCGCAGCACCAGGACCAGCACCGCCUCCCGGAGCCGCCUCCAGCCCCGCGUCCCGGCGUCCCCUGUGCUGGAGAGCAGCUGCCCCGCGCCCCAGGGUCCCAGGAAGGGCGGCCCAGGAAACGGCCAAGCUGCCUUCCGAAGUGCGUGUGUGGCUCUGCCCUCCCACCAGCACCGAGAUCUCCUGCUGCCUCUGGCCCGCGUCAGCCUCGGGAGUGGUUGGCGUUCUGGAUUUCAGCCCUUCUAACAGUGGACAGGAAGGACAAGGCAGCAGCGAUGCCCGACUCUCCGGCCGAGGUGAAGACGCAGCCCCGCUCCACGCCCCCCAGCAUGCCGCCCCCGCCGCCCGCCGCGUCCCAGGGGGCCACUCGGCUCCCCUCGUUCACGCCCCACACAAAUCGAGAGGACGGGCCCACGAUGUCCCUGCCCCAUGGCCGUUUUCAUGGCUGCUUAAAAUGGUCUAUGGUCUGUCUUUUGAUGAACGGCAGCCACUCGCCGACGGCCGUCAACGGAGCGCCGUCCACACCCAGCGGCUUCAGCAAUGGCCCGGCCACCUCGUGCACCGCCUCGCUGUCCACGCAGCAGCUGCCCCCGGCCUGCGGGGCGCGGCAGCUCAGCAAGCUCAAGCGCUUCCUCACCACCCUGCAGCAGUUCGGCAGCGACAUCUCCCCGGAGAUCGGCGCGCGCGUGCGCACGCUCGUGCUGGGGCUCGUGAACUCCACGCUGACCAUCGAGGACUUCCAUUCCAAGCUCCAGGAGGCCACCAACUUCCCGCUGCGCCCGUUCGUCAUCCCCUUCCUCAAGGCUAACCUCCCCGUGCUGCAGAGGGAGCUCCUGCACUGCGCCCGCCUGGCCAAGCAGACGCCCGCCCAGUACCUGGCCCAGCACGAGCAGCUCCUGCUGGACGCCAGCGCCUCCUCCCCCAUCGACUCCUCCGAGCUCCUCCUGGAGGUCAACGAGAACGGCAAGAGGGCGACCCCUGACCGGACCAAAGAGAAUGGGUCAGACCGUGACCCGCUGCACCCCGACCACAUCAGCAAACGGCCGUGCACCCUGAGCCCCGCCCAGCGCUACAGCCCCGGCCACGGGCCGCCGCAGCCCACGCCGCCACCGCACUACCGCCUGGAGGACAUGGCCAUGGCCCACCACUUCCGUGGCCCCUACCGCCACCACGAGCCCCGGGAGCUGCGGGAGCGCCAUCGGCAGCUCGCCGUACACGGGUCCCGGCAGGAAGAAGUGAUCGACCACCGCCUCACGGAGCGGGAGUGGGCGGAGGAGUGGAAGCACCUCAACAACCUUCUGAACUGCAUCAUGGACAUGGCUGAGAAGACGCGGCGGUCCCUCACGGUGCUGCGCCAGUGCCAGGAAGCUGACCGCGAGGAGCUCAGCCGCUGGGUCCGGCGCUACAGUGACACCGAGGACACCAAGAAGGGCCCCGGGCCUGCCACCGCCCGGCCCCUCAACAGCUCCGUGGCUACAGACGGGUCUCAGCUAGACCCCCACCGGGAGUUCAUGCCCAGGACCCUCUCUGGCUACGUGCCCGAGGAGAUCUGGAGGAAGGCUGAAGAGGCUGUGAAUGAGGUGAAGCGGCAGGCGAUGUCCGAGCUGCAAAAAGCAGUGUCGGACGCCGAGCGGAAGGCCCACGAGCUCAUCAGCACUGAGCGCGCCAAGAUGGAGAGGGCCCUGGCGGAGGCUCGGCGGCAGGCCUCGGAAGACGCCCUGACUGUCAUCAACCAGCAGGAGGACUCCAGCGAGAGCUGCUGGAACUGCGGGCGCAAGGCCAGCGAGACCUGCAGCGGCUGCAACGCGGCGCGCUACUGCGGCUCCUUCUGCCAGCACAAGGACUGGGAGAAGCACCACCACGUGUGUGGCCAGAGCCUGCAGGGCCCCGUGGCCGCCGUGGCCGACCCGGGGCCCGGACAGCCCGACGCCACCGCCAGCCUGGGCCCCUGCCUGCCCGCGGGAGCCGCCAGCCCCAGCGAGGCCAGCUCCGCGGGGCCCUCCCGCCCCGGCUCCCCCGGCCCUCCCGGGCCCCUGGACGCCGCGCCCCGCUGACCCCCGGGCCCCCCGCCAUGGGGUCCACCGCGCCCUCCGGCCCCGCCCGGCCCCGGCCCCCUGGGAGCUGGCCCGAGCCGCUGCUGCUACCGCUUCUCUCCAAAAGAAAACGGAACCGACAAAAACUGCAUCAACGCAACUUCCUCAGCAACCUGGCGGCCCCCCCCCCCCCGCCCCCGGCCGCGACCUCGAGCAUCCUCAGAAACCUCCCGCCAAGCUUUAGGCAGCAGGGCGGCCGUGGCCGUGGCCGUGGCCGGCGUGCCCGGCUCCGCCUGCCGCCCUCACGUGCUCCCGUUCUUCUGUCUCUGACUUUCACACACUCUCUCUUUAAUGAAAAAAAUCUAAUUGUUUGGUGGAUUAUAUUUUCGGUGAAGAAUUUUGGGGGGUUUUGUGGAACAGAACUACUCAGAAAUGGACACAGAAAAUGGGGGUUUUGUCCCCUUCCCCAUUAAAAAGGGAAACAGGAAAUUGUCAUUUCAUAGCUGGAGGUCUGAGCCGCCGUGACACGGAAGCCACCCCGGGGCCGUGUGGCCAAUGCGGUGAAGACGGUAAAAAAGGUUUCAAUUUCCAACUCAAGAAACAUAUUUUGGUUUCAGAUUUUUUUUUUUCUUUUUAA